AUGGAGUUUGAGAGCUACAAGUCCAAUAUUUCCACCAUCAUCGCUGGAGGGUUUGUCACCUCGGCCCUCACCAUUGGGAGGAAGUUAGGGUUGUUUGACACCCUUACAAAGCUUACCACACCCGUGACCAGUCAGCACCUAGCUGAUCUUUGUUACCUGAAGGAAAGGUAUGUAAGGGAAUGGCUGGGCUGUAUGGUAGCCAGUAACAUCGUCUCCCUAGACGAUGAUGAUAACUACUUCAUUCCUGAGCAUUGUAAACCUGUCCUCGGGGACAUGAACAUUCUUUGUAUCUACCCUCUUGUCAAUGCAAUGACGAAAAGGGCCAUGGAAUGCUUCCGGAAGGAAGGCCCAGAUGGUUACGGAUUUGAAGACAUGCCUACAGAGAUGGUGGAUGCUCAAGAUGGAAGACUGGGGGAAGUAAACGGGCUUGUGAACGCUAUAUUGGAACCGGUACUGGCAAUGAGAGAAUCUUCUGUGUUGAAUAUACUUGACAUAGGAUCAGGAGCAGGAGUUUUUACCCGAGUGCUGGGCAAACGUUUUCCUGGCGCCGCAGUCUUUGGCGUGGACGUUAACGAACUCGCCAUCAAGAAAGCAAUCACUAAACCUGGAAGUCCUUCUAACGUAACUUACCUCCAAGCAAGUGUUUCGUGCUUACCAAGCAAUUGGACAAACAAGUUUGAUUUGGUGUUAAUAUACGGUGUCCUUCACGACCUUUCGUGUCCUUCUGAAUGCAUGUGCGAGGUAUCGCGCGUGCUGAAAUAUGACGGUGUUGUUUCUAUAGCCGAUCCCCACGUACACAGUAACCAUAAGGACAACUCAGGUGACUUCAGUCACGCUGGGAUGGCGUAUGCGAUUAGUUCGGUCAUCUGCCUACCAAGUAGUAUGUCUACAGAGGGCGCUGCUGGAAAUGGUAUUGGUUGGGGCAUUGAGAACAGGGAAGCUUUUCUGUCCGAGGCUGGCUGCGGACGAAUCGUAUCAAGUCCUGGGAUACAUAAGAUUCCAGCGGACAGAUCACAACGAGUCUGUCCAGGAGCUAACAGGGACCCAGUGGACAGAUCACAUCGAGUCUGUCCAGGAACUGACUGGGACCCAGUGGACAGACAUAUAAAGUCUGUCCAGGAACUGACAGGCACCCAGUGGACAGAUCACAUCGAGUCUGUCCAGGAACUGACAGGGACCCAGUGGACAGAUCACAUCGAGUCUGUUGAGGCACACACAGGUGGAGGGAUCAUACGGAGUAUCCCGAGUCUGUUCAGGAACUUACAGCCACCCAGUGGACAGAUCACAUCGAGUGUGUCCAAGAAUAUAGAGCUAGAGGUGCCCUGA